CUCCAGUAGUCAACUGUGGCGUUCAUCAGCGCUGCACAGAAACGACUGACAAGUGCAGACUACCUCCCGGUCAGGAUGGUCUGUUUACUAGCGCUGUGCUGUGCCCGCCUUCACCUUCACUCCACACCAAGGCCUAAGCUGGCGCACAUACCAUACAAAAGCAAGUCCAUCAUCACCACCGUGUCUUCACUGCCACCCAGCCGCUUUCAAUACAUCGCGGGUACUGCUGCGCUCAUCACACCACAGCGAUACUGAUCACGGUCGCCAUGAAGGCCUCCAGUCUUCUCCCUCUGCUCGCUGCGGGCAUCAUCGCAGCACCAGCGCCACCAUCCGAUACGACUGCGUCUUCCCAUCUUGGGCCUGACGACACCAGCGUCACCGAGCUCAGCAAGGGCUAUGAGAAGCACAGCUUCGACCUGUACAUCAACGAAUACUGCAACAUCAACGGCAAGUCUGUGUCCGCCAAGCCAGAGCUGCACGUUCGCGCCGAGCUCUUCCACGACGACGACAAAAGCCACGGCUUCGAAAUCGUGAAGGGUGCGACUAAGGUAUCCCUCUUGGAUAGUACUGACAUUUUGGUCCGCCACGACUACGACACCUCCGAGACGAGCUUUGAGUAUGGUGACUGCAAGUGGAAGGAUGGCAACACUGUCGACAAGAACUGCGGAUGGUGCGACCAAAACGCGCCGUGGAGAGGCCCUGAGAGUGAUGGCCAGAUCGACUGCUCCGCGCGCCCUCAGCUGUCUAGAGUAAGUGUCAAUUCAACGACUCUGAGUCGAUAUGACCACGGACUAAUAGCCUCCAGCACCGAACGCUCACUUGCUAUCUCUGGCGCACAACUCAGUCUGGAAGUGCUCCGUUGCUUCGGCUUCCUUUUGGCGAGGACCCGAAUGCCGCUGCUGUCGCAGCCGCGGCCGCAGCCGACGCUCCAGCUUCAGACAAUGUCGCGACGACCUCCGAGGGAGCCUCUACCCUCAAGGUUCGCGGCAUCACUGCCGACGGUAAAGUUCCAGAGAACCUGUACCGCUUCGGUGUCACCCACUCAGAAUGGUGCGAGAACGGCGCUCUCAAAGCACGCGGCUGGACGAACGGCCAUGAGCUGAACUUCUACAAGGACGUCACAAAGAAGAUCCCAAUCAACCUGCGCCCUGGGCGCGAUCUACUGAUUGGCCCGUACUCGUACGACCAGCACGCAUUUGGAGUAGAAUAUGAUGGAUGUGCGUGGACUUC